AGUAACAGUGACAUCGGGGUGGGGCAGAGAAGAACAUCUGCUAUUGUGACACAGUGACAUUGUGCUGAGUCGUGAAACCAUAGGGGAUGUAGGCUACUUUUAGUAGGUUAUCUCUAGAAAAAAACCCUCAAAUGGAUACUUUUGGGGUAAUGACUCUCCCACAUUUUUUGAUACUCAUGUCCAACAUGAUGUUCUUUAAUGUUAUUUUAAAUGUAUAAACAGCACAGCCGCAUAUAUUGAAGCCUAGCAAUGUCACCUUCAUCAAAAUGGGAGCUGUAUUGACCUGGAGAAGUCCAUCCACCCACGAAACUAACAUCACAUAUACAGCACAGUACAGUUGGGGAAAGGAUCCUUCUUUUAAAAGCAUAAAUACCUGUAUUGAAGUGAAAGAACUUUGCUGUGCCAUUAAGCUUCCUUCUACCUAUGGAAAACAUACGUUUAGAGUAAGGGCCCACCUGCAAGGAGACACGUCUCAAUGGGUUAGAAGUACAGAGACCAAAGUUACAACAUUCACAGAUCCUCCAGCUGUGUCCAUGGCUUUGAGAUAUGGAGUUAUGGAGCUGAAUAUAACAGAGCCUGAAUAUGACCUCAGCUGUUUCUUAGUAAAUGUGACCUACAACAUCAGCUACUGGAAACUGCACCUGGAGAAUGAGACAUGUCACAGCACAGUUGAACAGAGACUAGUACACAGGUUGCCUGUGUCUGUGUUGCCAUCAGAGGGACUGUGUGUACAAGUACACACUGUGUAUGCAGUCCAUCAUGCUGGAGCACAGAUCGUAACAGUUAGUCCUCCCAGUAAACCAGUAUGUGCUCUGAACUCUCCACAUGGUGAACCACCGUAUGCCCUGCCAGAAAAAGCCCUGCCUCAUUCACACACAGCCCUUGUGGGGUCCUUAACAACUGUAGCUGUACUCUCUGUGCUGGUGCUGGGCUGGUGUGUCUUCAAAGGUCAACACUUCCUCUACCCAAAAGCAACACUACCACAACAACUCAGACAGUGUCCCCCAGAGAGAUCCCUUGGCGUGCUCCAGGUGUUGCCCCUGGCAGAGGAGCCGUAUGAGCACAUCAGCUGUGUGUGGGAGCCACUGUGUGAGACACACAGCAGUGAGGACAAGAGCGCUGUGGGAGUCUCUGAUGGAGCCAGCAGCAUCUUUGUGUAUGAAGCUCUGGGCGAUGUCUGUGCGAGUGAGGAAACUGUGUUUCACAGGAUGGCAGAACCGACAAACAUCAGUGGCUUGCUUCAGCAGCGUUAUUACAAUAUGCUCUCCUAAAGCAGAGUCUAAGAUUAAUCACAAACGCCUAAUACAAAUUUAUGAACUCCCUUAUCCCUUUCCCCAUGAAUUUGUCUAGAAAUCAAUCUAAGCAUAACUAGAGCUAUUAGCAAAAGUUAUUUCAUUGCAGAUGAAGUAAUAAUAAUAAAAAAGUUGUUAUAAACAAUUUUGUUUAUGUUACUUGGCAGACACUUUUGUCCAAAUUGAUUCUCGGCAAACUGAUUAUUUGGACCCCUGAAUAUAUUUUGUGAAUCCUCUCUAAUGGCAGCUGCUUAAAGUGCUGUAGGAAAGUGAGAUGAAAUGCUCAGACCAUAAUCAAGCUAAUUCUGUAUAUUGCUGUGAUUUAAUGUACACAUUUCUGCACACCACCCAUAUGAAGAAUAUUAGGCUACUGCUGUGGUUAGUCAGAAUGCCUGAAAUGUCUCCAACAUACAUUUAACUGACAUUGAUGAGCUUUGUGUUUAACCAAGUAGGCCUACAACACUCAUCAAUAACAUAAUAAAACAGUAAAAAAU